AUGAACAACAACAACCAGAACAACCAGCAGGGGAACCGGCUGCAGCUCAACUUUGGCUUCGGUGGCCAGAGCGGCGACCGCAACAACCAAUAUCAGCAGGAGGCCGGCCGAGCAUUCCCGACGACGCCCUCGACCUUCCCCCAACCUGUAUACCCAAACCAGGCGGGUCAGCAAGAGGUCUGGGGCGCCCAACAGCAGGGCAAUGGCUACGCCGGCGGCGGCGGUUACUUUGUAAACCCCUACCAACAGGCCCAGUACCAGGGCCAGCAGGGCAGUCUACAGGCACCGGGCAGUCAGCGCUUCGAUCAGAGUGCCAAUGGCCUGGCUCAGCAGCUGUCACACCAACACCUGAGCGGCGGUCGCUCUGGUAGCCCGUAUGGCCGCCAAGGCUCUCCGAACCCUCAGCGUCCUCGUACCGCCGACAACAGGUAUGGCUACGGAAACUCCAGCGGCAGCUUGGGGCCACGACAGCCGUCCAUGUACGAUGACGAAGCCCCGCAAAGGAACCCGACAAAGUACUCUGAGAACGUCGAGAAGCAGGCCAUGGUCUCCAAGAGCCUCAUCAACACCUUCUUCAAGGACAGUGUGCAGCGGGCACGCGACCGGAACCAAAGAGCGCUUGAACUCGAGGCCCUGAUGAAGGAGCCGUCCAUCUCGGACAACCGCAAAAUCAGCAAGGAAAACAGCAUGCGCCGCGCCGAAGUCGAAUACCUGCGAUUCUUGCGAACCAAGGAAAAGCCUGAGAACUUCUCCACACUUAAGAUUAUCGGAAAGGGUGCCUUUGGAGAGGUCAAGCUCGUGCAGCGGCGCAACGACGGCAAGAUCUAUGCGCUCAAGUCGCUGGUCAAGCAAGAGAUGUUCAAAAAGGACCAACUUGCACACGUCCGGUCAGAACGUGACAUCUUGGCCGAGUCUGACAGCCCAUGGGUCGUCAAGCUGCACACGACUUUCCAGGAUAACACUUUCUUGUACAUGCUUAUGGAGUUCUUACCAGGUGGUGACUUGAUGACUAUGCUCAUCAAGUACGAAAUCUUUACCGAGGACAUUACGCGCUUCUACAUGGCUGAAAUCACACUUGCGAUAGAGGCCGUCCACAAGCUUGGCUUUAUACACCGUGAUAUCAAGCCCGACAACAUCCUUCUCGACCGUGGCGGCCACAUCAAGUUGACUGAUUUUGGUCUAUCGACGGGUUUCCACAAGGAGCACGACGCUGGAUACUACAAGAAGCUGCUUGCUGGCGGCGCACACAAGUCCAACCGCGAUAACCGACAAUCAAUGAACUUGGACCAGAUCCAACUGACUGUCAGCAACCGUACCCAAAUCAACACAUGGCGUAAGUCUCGUCGACAACUGGCCUACUCAACAGUCGGUACACCCGAUUACAUUGCGCCCGAAAUCUUUAGUGGUCAGGGCUACGACUACAGCUGUGAUUGGUGGUCGGUGGGUACCAUCAUGUUCGAAUGCCUUAUCGGCUGGCCGCCAUUCUGCGCCGAAGAGCCACACGACACUUACCGUAAGAUUGUCGACUGGCCGCGCAACCUCCACUUCCCUCCAGACCAGCAACUCGGUGCCGAAGCCGAGGACUUUGUGCGACGACUCAUCUGUGACGCCGAACACCGUCUCGGUCGCAUCGGUGGCGCCAGCGAAAUCAAACAACACCCCUUCUUCCGCGGGGUGUCGUGGGAUGGCCUCCGCCGCAUCCGAGCUCCCUUUGAACCCAAACUACAGUCCAACGUUGACACGCAGUACUUUCCCAUUGACGAGAUCGACCAGAAUGAUACAUCUGCUGCUCACAGGGCGCAGGCUGCUCAGGCCAACGAGGACGAAUACGCGGCCAGCUUGCCGUUUAUCGGUUAUACGUACAAGCGCUUCGACGCUUUCAGGGGCUCGUAA